AUGCGCUUCCUGAUCUUGCAAGCGAUAUUCACUAUCGCGAACACAGCUUUAGCAAACUAUCAAGGGUUCAACUAUGCAGCGCAGGGAAACGACUACGCGUCGUUCCACAACCAGUUUUCCUUGUCAAGGUUCCUAUCCGAGAAUGGGACUUUUUCUAGUGCUAGGUUGUACACAAUGAUACAGGAAGGCACUGACACCUCCGUGAUCGAAGCCAUUCCUGCGGCCAAAGCUACCCAGACAAAGCUCUUACUGGGCCUCUGGGCGUCCGUAGAUGCAGACAGCUUUUCGAAAGAGCUUCAUGCUCUGGAUUCCGCCAUGAAUACUUAUGGACAAGACCUGAGAGACAUCGUCAUCGGUAUCUCUGUAGGUAGUGAAGAUCUUUAUCGUUCGUCUGUACUUGGGGCCAGCAAGGAUAGUGGUGCUGGGCAGGACAUAUCUGUCCUGCUUGGUUACAUUCAACAAGUUCGAGACAAGCUGGAACACUCAGUGCUGCAUGAUAUCCCAGUUGGACACGUAGAUACUCUGGACGCGUACACAAACCACACUAACAGUCAAAUUUUGGAGGCUGUUGACUUCAUAGGACUCAACAUCUUUCCCUAUUUCAAUCAAGAUCAAGCGACAAGUGUGGAUGCUGCAGCCGACUCCUUUUGGAAAGCCUACGAGAGCAUGCUACCUUUAUCCCUGGGUAAAUCGGUAUGGAUCACGGAGACCGGAUGGCCAACAGUAGAUCCCUCCAAGACAGGCGGAGCAAGUCCCGGUGUUGAGAACGCUGCAAAGUACUGGUCGAAGGUGGCCUGCGAGCUUCAAGCUCGCUGCAUCAACUUUUGGUGGUAUAUCCUGGCAGACCCUGCCCAAAUGCCGUUCUUCGGCGUCACUAAUCUGCGGGAAAGCCCAUCAGGGUCGGCUCUAUAUAAUCUUGACUGCGGGGGAAGCGCAAACUGUUCCAACACUCGUACAGCUGCUUCCGUAUCGAUGACGAGCAAAAUCUCGACGUUAUAUCAGACGUCGAAUGGUGCAAGUCCUGCGCGCUCCUCUGUUUGUUGGAUACGGGGGCAGAGUCACUGCAAGAAUCGCUGGACUAAGGUAGACUAUGCAGCUGACUCUGUAGACACGAUUUGUCAUAUACAUUGA